AAAACAAAAUCAUUUCAAUACCAAAAAAAAAAAUCAAAAUCUUCCAUUCUUUCUUUCUCUUCAAGUUUUAGUCUUUUUGGCCCCCCAAAACAGAGUUGUUAGACUAGCAGAGAGAGUAGAAUAAAGAAAGAAAAAACCGAGACUUUCCCAUAAAAUUUACACAUUGAGGGCUUCCAUUUCCAAAUCACAUGGCUAAUCAGAAUUGUAGUAGAACUAAUACUACUACUACUAAUACUACAACAACAACAACAUCAUCAAAAAAUUCUAAGUUCAUCAAAUGUGUGACAGUUGGUGAUGGUGCUGUUGGCAAGACUUGUCUUCUAAUCUCUUACACUAGCAACACUUUCCCAACUGAUUAUGUUCCAACUGUUUUUGACAAUUUCAGCGCCAAUAUUUCAGUUGAUGGAAAGACAGUGCAUCUGGGUUUGUGGGAUACUGCUGGUCAAGAAGACUAUAACAGACUGAGGCCCCUUAGCUACAGAGGAGCAGAUGUUUUUCUUCUUGCUUUUUCCCUUAUAAGUAGGCCAAGCUAUGAGAACAUAUCAAAGAAAAAGUGGAUCCCAGAGCUGAGACAUUAUGCACCAUCAGUGCCCAUUAUUCUAGUGGGGACCAAACUAGAUCUGAGGGAGGACGAACAAUUUCUAAGGGAUUAUCCUGGAGCACAUACCAUUUCUACACAGCAGGGUGAAGAUCUGAAGAAGCAAAUUGGAGCUAUGGCCUACUUAGAGUGCAGCUCAAAGACGCAACAGAAUGUGAAGGGUGUAUUUGAUGCUGCAAUCAAAUUGGCUCUACACCCUCCAAAGUCCAAGAAGCAUAAAUCAAAUCGGAAGGGCUGCAAUGUUUUUUGAAUAUUUAUAUAUUUAUAUAUAUUUAUUUAUUUACCUUUUACUCUCCAUUUAAAUCUUUCUUCCAUUAUUCAUUCUUUUCUUUGUGAGCUGUCUCUCAUAUAAGUGUGUUUUUACAGAAAAUUUGAUGUAUUCAUAUGUGUUUAAUUUGAUUCUUUUUCUCUGCAAUAUGUAUUGUAUAUAUAGUAUAUACAUUUAUAUGUAUAAGCGUUCUCAGUUUAUUAGAACUAUUAAUCUUAUGUUUAUUAUUA